AAAGAUUCAGAAAAGUGUCGGAAAGUUGUCCAAAAGCCUCACGAGCAGGUCCGAGCACGACUGCGACGAAUAAUAAUAAUAAAAAAAAAGACAGAUACCCACGGAUUUGUUCGGGACUUUCUCUGUGUGUUUCCCCUGUUUCGGACAGAGAGCUGUAACCUGCUUCUCCAUUUUUAAAGCCCUCCUCAGCUCCACUGUAAAUAGACAAAACAACAGAAUGACAACACAUUUCAGGAGCGGCCCUGCCUUCGGACUUUCUGCCGAGGUCAAGAGUAAGCUGGCAGGAAAAUAUGACCCGCAGAAGGAGGAGGAGCUGAGAAUGUGGAUUCAGGAUGUGACCGGCAAGAGGAUGGGGGACAACUUUAUGGAGAGUCUAAAGGAUGGAGUCCUGUUGUGCGAACUCAUUAAUGUUCUCCAGCCAGGUUCUGUGAAAAAGAUCAACCGCUCCAGUCAAAACUGGCACCAGCUGGAAAACAUAGGGAAUUUUGUCCGUGCGAUCACAGAGUACGGCCUGAAGCCACAUGACAUCUUUGAGGCCAACGAUCUGUUUGAGAAUGUCAACCACACUCAGGUCCAGUGCACACUCAUCGCUCUGGCUGGGAUGGCCAAGUCCAAAGGUUUCCACUCCAAGUACGACUUAGGAGUGAAGUACGCUGAGAAACAGCAGCGCCGCUUUGCUCCAGAGAAGCUCAGAGAGGGACGCAACAUCAUAGGCCUGCAGAUGGGUACCAACAAGCUUGCCAGCCAAAAGGGUAUGACUUCCUACGGCACACGACGCCAUCUGUAUGAUGCCAAGAUAGGCAUGGACAACCCACUGGACCAAUCUACUAUCAGCCUACAGAUGGGUACCAACAAGGGUGCCAGCCAGUCUGGAAUGACAGCUCCAGGAACCAGGAGGCACAUCUUUGACAAGAAGCUGGAGCUGGAAAACUGUGACACCACCACCAUCUCUCUGCAGAUGGGCACCAACAAAGUGGCCUCCCAGCAGGGCAUGACCACCUACGGCCUGCCCCGCCAGGUCUACGACAACAAGUACUGCACCAACCCCACCGAGACCUACUAUAACAACGGGAGUGAGGUGGAGUUUGACGGCUACAACCAGUACUCUGAUUAAAAAAACCACGGACAGCCUCACCGCCCCUCCUCUUCCUCCCCCUUCUUUGCUUUAACUUCAGACAACCAACCACAACUGUCUUUGUGAUGAGCAAACCUCCCAGACUGUUAUUUAACACUGAUUGACGUCAUUGUCGUCUUUAUUCCCCAAUUUUUCCUUAACAUAUUUUUACUCUUAGGAAUAUAUUGUUUUUCUUUCCAUGAGUAAAACAAAAAUAUAUGUUUACACUGACCUUAUGUCAAAAAAAUUCAUGCAGUGGCCAAUCUCUGUAUCUCAUCAUGCUGAUGAAUUGUAUUAAUGCUAAAAAUAUCCAAACACUCAGAAGAUGAGAUUAAUGACCUUUGCUAUUUAUAGAUUUUUUUCUACUGCUUUUUCUACUUGCAUUAUUAGAGAUUUUUAACUGUUAAUGCCCCCCGCCUCACCUCCCCACCCUUCCAGUCCAGUUUGAACACUGACGAAGCAGAAUUCAAAAGUUCCUUGAAAGGAAACAAGCGACCGUGUUGGUGCUAUUGAACUUUGACCCAGUUGGAACAGAGUCCACGUCGGAGCUCCACAGGCUCUAGGAUUCCACUGCUCGGGCUGACACAGAAGCUCCGGGUCCUCAGACUGAACCAGGGCGGACGAUGCAGAAAGACUUGUAGCUUUGUGCGGACAUUGCUUUGUUUUGUGAGCACCUGCGCUGAGAAAUAGUCAUGUUCACAAGCCUGCCAAAUUACCCAUUUUUGCCAGUGUACUAGGGCUAAUUUACUUGGCUUGUGUGCGGCAUGAGUCUUUGGUUUUUGAGGAUGUAUUUAGAAAAAGUAGUGGGGUCUGUCAGACAAUACAUUUAUGAAAUAAAAGAGUAAAUGUAGGUGUUGUGAUAUCCAGUUUGAUGUUAGGGUAAACUUAGUCCCCAGUAGUUUUUGUACUGCUAGUCCUGUUAUCUUUUCUUCCAUCCCUUUGGAAACAUUUCCUACUUGCCUUAUGCCUCAGUGAACUUUGGCUUUAGUGAUGUUGCUCCAUUUGCACUUUACCUGGCCUCACCUUGUGCACAGUAAACAGUGGAGGGAUGUAACUAAGUACAGUUACUCAGUUACUGUACUUAGGUACAAAUUUGAGGUACUUGAACUUUUCCAUUUGAUGCUACUUUAUACUUAUACUCCACUACAUUUGUCAGUUCUGAUUACUUUACCAAAUAAGAUUCUACAUACAAAACAGAUGAGUUUAUAACAUUUGUUAUAAUCAUUUAACAAACACAAGGAUCAUUUUUCUGCAUUGAGUACUUUCACUUUUCAUACUUUAAGUACAUUUUGCAGGUAAUGCAAUAGGAGUAUUUUUACAUUGUGGUAUUGCUACUUUAACUAAUGUCUGAGUACUUUGUCCACCACUGGCAGUAAAUGGCAAUAUCAAAGCAGACCCAGGUGCUUGUGUUUGUGAUUAUUGCUAAUGUGAAUCAUGCCAAAUAUACAGAUGACAUUCUCCUUUCGAAUAUGCAUCAUACUGUUAUCCCACCGAAUGUCUUUGUCUUGAAUGUAAUGUUGUUGUAAGGUUAGAGGUGCCACUAGCUGUCACAGGAUUCAUUUUCAACACAUUAGAGUGCAGAAAUGUACUGCACUUACAAAGUUAGAAACAGAAGAUGAUCAUGACACUUGUGGUGUGGUGUUACACGUCAAAACCUCUGUAGUUUUUGUAGAGAAUUCAGAUUUAUUGGCUUUGAAUUAGUGUUGAAAGUAAACAUUAAACAAGCUUCAUGUUUGUGCCCAUGCACUAAAUGGACCAACAUAUUUGAGCUCCUGGUAAUUUCCUGGUCUUUCAGCAACAUGAUGUUGGACAUGUAGCAGGGCGCCAUCUAGUGGCAAACAGUACAUGUACAUUUACUGUAAGUUCAAUCCAUCACAAUGACAAACAUUCCUUUUUUUCCAAAUGUAGGAAUGUCGAUUUUUUUUUUUUUCUACAGUUCAUUCAUUUAUCAACAUUACUACCCUGUGAUAACUAAAAUGGCAACAAUGUUGAGUAAAUGUAUGGUAACAUUUCACCCUAAUGUGUUGGCUUUGUUCAAACUAUACAUCUUUGCUAACCUCUUGAUUUUUUUUUCUCUAUGCCUUUCACUAAACAUGACAUUUGUGCAAUAAAAAAAACACUUCAAAAAUA